UUUUAUCAGGUGUCAGAUACAUAAGUACACAGUGAUAUUGCAGAAAUACAUGUAAAAACACAUGGUCUAGACAUUUUAUAAUGGCUCCUUUUAAACUAUAUGGGGACUAUAAGUCCCAGCCAGUUAGGGCAGUAGCAUUAAUGCUGAGGACAAACAACAUUGACUUUGACUUUGUAUCCUGCCCUUUGGAACCAAAGGCUGGCCGUAGAAUUGGGACAGAAGAAUAUGCGACAAAUGUUAACCCAUUUAAAAGAGUCCCGACACUUGUUGUAGAAGGAGUAGCACAUAUCUGUGAGAGCUCUGCAGCCCUGCAGUACCUAGCUGAGCUGGAAGGGGUAUCUCCUCACUGGUACCCAAGGAGUGGGAAGGAGAGGAUCCUUGUGAACACAUACCUGGCCUGGCAUGGUCCUGAUGUGAGAAAAUAUGCAUCAGGAUACUUUGUCUCCACAUUCUAUGGGCCUUUGUUCCUUGACAGACAUUUCACAGAUACACAGGUGAAAGAAUUUAGAGAUGGAUUUGAGGCUCUCCUGGACAAACUUGAAAAAAUCUGGCUGAAGGAAACCCCAUAUCUUGCUGGGAAUGACAUCACAAUAGCUGACUUACAACUAAUCACAGAACUCACACAGGUUGAGUCAACUGGCUAUGAUAUGGUGAAAGGUAGGCCCAAGUUGGAGGCUUGGAUGCAGCUAGUUAAGGACAUACUACAGCCACAUUAUGAUGCAAUCAGUGAGGAGCCUUUGACUGGAUUUGCAGACCAAUAUAAGGAAUACAAAGCAUCAAAAUAACAUUUAUGUGACUUAUGUAUUCCAAAGACAGUUUUAAAUACUACCAUUUCAUUAUGCCAGGCUUAAUUUCCAUUAAAAGCCAAACAUUGCAAAAUAUGCUGCCUGAUCCUAUAAUACCCAAAUUGGUGACUGACAACCUCUUUUGUAUAUAGGAAAUUGUAAUUGA